CCCGCUCUGCGUGGCCCUUGCAGUGGGCGGGGUUACGGCUGGAAAGCCUCACGCCGGCGGCGGGAGCUUCCUGUGUUUGUGAGUGGCGUCACUGGGAACCUGAGCGGCCGCGUGGAAUUUGGGGGUUUGGUGAGACGCCUACGAGACAAUGGCCAAGAACAAAUUAAAAGGGCAGAAGUCCAGGAAUGUAUUUCAUAUAGCCAGCCAAAAAACCUUCAAGGCUAAAAACAAGGCAAAACCAGUUACUACUAACCUUAAGAAGAUAAACAUUAUGAAUGAUGAAAAAGUCAACAGAAUGAACAGAGCUUUUGUAAACAUACAGAAAGAACUCGCAAGCUUUUCAAAAAGCCUUUCUCUGAAAUCUAUGCAGAAGGAGCUGAAGCACCAUGAAAAUGAACCAGCUAAUGUUGAUGAAGCAACCAGACUAAUGGCUCAAUUGUAACACAGUGACACUCCCUCAAAGAUCAAUAAAUGGAAUGCUUUAUACAA